AUGACAUCGUCGGAUGAUGAAGAUCCUCAUGUACAAAUAGCUAAAUUACGAUCAGCUAAUAAACAAGCAGCUGAAUAUGGUUUAGCAUUACUUAAUGAAAAAAGUGUCUUAGAAGGUCAACAUGAAGAAUUAGAAAAUGAACAUGAACUACUUAAAUUAGAAUUAGAGCAAUUAAAGACACAAUUAAAAACACUUCAAGCUACUCAGCGUGAAGAAACAUUAAAAGGUGAAUCAAAUGAAGAAACAUUAUUAAAUGAAAAACAAUCACGUGAAGAAUAUUUAUUGAAGGAGAUUACACGUAAUGAGCAUGAAUUACGCUUAUUAAAACAAGACAAUGAACGUCUAUAUAAUGAAAAUGAAAAAAUUCUUCAUAAAUCUCAAGAAUUAACUGAACAAAUUCAAGAAUUUGAUGAAUUAAAAGUUAAAUUAAAAUAUGAUUUGAAAGAAAGUAAAGGACAAGAACAAAGACUUAGUGAUGCCAAUGCUGAAUUGGAAGAAGAUAAUGUUGCAUUACAACAACAAGUACAAAGGUUAAGAGAUAAUCUUAUUGAUUAUGAUGGAUUAAAAGUUGAAAAUAAUCGAUUACAAGAAAAUAUUGAUGAUUUACAUCGAAUGAUGAAAGAACUUGAAUCUUUAAAAGCAAUAGCCGAAUCUCAACUUAUUGAAUUACAUAAUAAUCUUCGUGAUGAACGAGAACAAAAACAUAUCUAUAAGCAACAAUUAGAUCAUCGUGUUCAACAAGAUUCUCUUCGUAAUUUAGAUUCUAUACGUAUGACAUUAAAUGGUACACAUACAAAUUCUGAUAAUGAUUAUUUAAAUAAUUGUAACGAUGAUGAUAUAGAAGAUGAUUAUACAAAUCGUAUAACAUCUACAAAUCAUUAUAGUGACAUGUUAGAAGGUGAUCAACAUGAUCAACAACCAAUUGGUAAUUUAUUUAGUGAAAUUCAUGGCAAUGAAAUUCGUAAAUUAGAAGUUGAAUGUUUACAAUUAUCUCAAAUAAAAUCUUCACUCGAUAAUCAAUUAUUAACAAUUAAUGAAAAAACAAAUAUUCUCUCGCAUAAAAUUCAACAUAUUAUGGAAAUGAUAUUUCCAAAUAAUCAUUCAAUCAUAAAUACACCGAAUACUGAUAAUACAACGAAUCUUUUAAUAAAUUCACUUGAACUAGUUGAACAAAUUGAUCGUAUUAUUAAUAAAAAUCUUCAUUUGUUUAAUGGUGAUCAAGAUUUAUUAAAAAAGAAAACGGAAGAGCAAGAUAAUAUUAUAUUUAAAUUAAAACAAGAUCUUAACGUUAUGAUGAAACAAUGUAAUGAUACACAAACAAUAUUUACAAAAACUCAUGAUAAUCUAAUUAAUUUAAGUGAAGAAAUAGAAAAUAAUUAUUCCUAUAUGUUUACUUCAAUAGGUUUAUCUAUUCCAUCAAAUGAAAUACAAAUAAAAAAACGACAAUUAACAAAUACAAAUAAUAAAAUAAUUGAUCCAACAAUGAAUGAAUUAGUUUUAGAUAUUAUUCAAGAACAAGUUAAACAAUUUAAACAAUCAUUUGAUAAAGUCUUAGAUAAUGUUAAACAAAAAGAACCAUUAUUAACAAAUGAAAUUAUAUUAAAUGAUGAUUUAUCUAAUGAUACAAAAGAAUUACAAGAUCAAAUUAUCAAAUUACGUUCAUUAUUAACUACAAAACGUGAACAAAUCGGUACAUUACGUACAGUUCUUAAAAAUAAUAAACAAACAGCUGAAGUUGCAUUAGCUAAUUUAAAAUCGAAAUAUGAAAAUGAAAAAUUAAUUGUCACAGAAACUAUGACAAAAUUACGUAAUGAAUUAAAAUCUUUAAAAGAAGAUGCAGCAACAUUUGCAUCAUUACGUGCUAUGUUUGCUGCACGUUGUGAUGAAUAUGUAACACAAAUCGAUGAAUUACAAAGACAAGUUCAUGCUGCUGAAGAAGAGAAGAAAACACUUAAUUCAUUACUUCGUAUGGCUAUUGAACAAAAACUUGCAUUAACACAAAAACUUGAAGAUAUAGAAAUGGAUAAUGAACGAUCAAAUAAUCCAACAGCUCCGCUAUCAAAACGAGCAAUGAAUUUAGCUAAUACAAAUUCAUUAUCUCUUACUUCAGGAAUACCACUUGGUUUAUUAACCGUCGCGUCGAAUACAAAUUCAUUUGAUAAUCAAAAUAUUAAUAAUAAUAAUUCAAUGCCAGAAAUACGACGUGGAAGAUUUAUUCCACCACGUGUAAGUUUUACAAUCAAUAGAUAA